UACGCCCCGCCUCCCAGUCUGCACACACACACACACACACACACAAAAACACACACGCACACACGCUUCGCUUCUUCCUUGUAGAAAAGAUCACAUUUUCUAGUCGCUCUGUGGUGAGAUCCAGCGGCUCGCAGGGCGGCGAAUAAGUGAACGCAAUGGGGAAAAUCGAGUGGGCCAUGUGGGCCAAUGAGCAGGCUCUGGCCUCAGGACUCAUUCUCCUCACAGGAGGCAUUGUGGGGGUUGCUGGACAGUUCAGGGGCUGGCAGUUUGCUGCUUAUGCUAUUGCUGCUGGGGCAUUUGUGUGUCUUUUGGAGUAUCCCAGAAGCAAGAGGGCUAAAGGCACAAGUGUGGAGAGAACUGGUCAGUACUGCUUCACCGUGUGUGUGAAAUCCUUUGGGCCAUUGACAAGGAACUACUAUGUCAGAGCAUUUUUACAUGCUGUAAUCUGUGUACCUGGUGGUUUUAUGCUCGCUACUGUGCUCGGAUGUGUCUGCCUCGGCAUCGCCAGCAUUAUCUACCUUGCAGCAGCUAUCCGAGGUGAACACUGGGAGCCCAUUGUUCCAAGGAAGGAGACGGUAGGACCGCCACCCGCCGACAUCAAGAAUCCCCCCCAGAAUCCACCACCGAGACCUCCUCCUGAGACGCGCAGGAAACGGGUAGAUGACCUCGAGGGAGCGGCCUAUGAUAACCCCAUUCCUGUGCAAGACUAACUAACCAAUUUAAUGCAUCAUCUUCUUAACUCUUUCCCUUGUCUGUCUGAGAGAUUUGUACAUUUAAACAUAUCAAAAUCAGUCACAAGAUGAUCUUAUAUUAAUAGUUUUAUGAAGCCAAUGAGUGGACUACAUGUCGGCCCAGACAAGAUUCUGUACCUUGAGAGUGAACUCAAAUGUUUCUUUAUCACAAUUAUUGCGAAUUAAAAGGAAGAGUAAAGCCACCACAGAAAUCAAAGGUAAAUGCUGUAGCUGCUAAGUGUCGACCAUUCACAAAGGUUAGCAAGUCCAAAGACUGUAGGUGUUGCACUGCUGUUUUCUUUGCUGACCACCAGAAAAUAUAUGAAGUUGCGUUGCAUCCACUGUAUUGUUUUCCAAUGCUUAUGUAUGUACUCACAUUCUUAUCUUAACCCCAUGUAUUUAUGUAUUUCUUGAGGUCAACUGAUAACAACAGGCAUUAAGGGGAUUAAGUUAACAUAUUGGGCUGGGGCUGAUUACAUUGGGCCUUUAUCAUUAUUUUGUUGCCUGUAUUUUGAUGUCUUGUAAAUAAAAGCCUUAUGUGCAUUGAA